CGCACCCUGUCUACAGGGCCGGGACCUUAAAUAUGAUGUCAAAAAACAAGUUAUUCUCUCCCUUCAUUCCACUAACCUAGUACGUCUUGAUAUGUUGAAUUAAUGACUAACGCCCUGGCUCCUGUGAGUCAUCAUUUCGUGCUCUAUCACUGAUCAAAAAAUCCCGAUACGCGAAUUGGACUAGACGUUCGUCUUGUGAACAAUGAUAAUGAGUGCCUAACCAUUCAGUGGUCUGUGACGUGAUUCUAUUCAUAUAAUCGUCGGGAGACACCACGCGGGCAUUCAUUCAAGAGUGCUUGAACAGAGUCUUGUUAAAAUUAUUGUGCGUUAAACUAUAAAUGUUGUUUUAAGUGGAUCGCUUUGCGCCGUGGUGUGACAGCAGUGACGAGAAUAUAAUGGGAUGACAGCAAAUACGGAUUCAUGGAAAAGGUUUGGCGUCGAGUCGGUCUCCAUUCCUCCCGCAAGAAAAGGGAUGGAAGUGGGACUAGCAGGGAAGUGACGUCAUCGGCUCCGCCAGAAGCCGAGUACCAGAAUAUCCACACAUUAAGAACAGCUGAUUUGAUACGUCAGCGUCAGGGAGAGGAGAAGUCGACGCUUCGUUCUUCGUAUAUUAUACGGAACGGCGACAAUUUUAUUCUCGUUGAAAGACGCAGACGUAGACGACGAAGGAGUGGAACCAGAGCGUCAUCAGGCGGGCGGCAUCAUACUCCUCCCGUUGAGGAGACGAACACCCGUACCGAACAAAAGCGCCGCCCACCCGCCAAGUUGAAAAUAUUUGGCAUUCAAUGGCCUUUACAUUCAAGUGAUUCGAGGCACACUUCGAUCACCCGCCGUUUCUGCCGCGGGCGGCGGUCGCGUGAGGACAACGAACUUUACCGUUCCAACAGCUUCAAGUUCGAGAGGUUCGCCCGCGAACCGCCGGCGGAGGAGUUCACCACCAGCUCACAGGCCGCGUUGUGUGCAGACUACAGCGUCCCCGUCGACUGCGUGUCCGCUGGCCCAGCGCCCCGUCCGAGCUCCUUCCACGAGAUAUCCGCUCCUAAGGUUGAAUUUCUAGAGGCAUAUUGCACACCAAGAGACACAGCGCGCAGAUCUCCACAACACAAGCGUCGCUCUCGAGAACCACGUCGUUCACCAGACACCAGAUGGCGAAACGAUUCCCGUAGACAAAACUACGAUUUUGAAAGACGACCAUACGAAUACGAAUCGAGGAGAUACUUCGGAAGGGAAUACGACGCAGAUUCCGGAAGGCGGGCAUUUGACGCUGAGUCAGCGCGAAGACGCGCAGAUUACGAGUCUGCCAGAAGGACAGACUUUGAUUUGUCUGCUCCCGAGUCACGUAGAAGCCCUGAGAGCGCGCCCGAGGGAUCCGCGGACUCCCCACCAGAGCCAGCGCCUUCAGCUCCUUUGAGACAGGAACGACAAUCGAGACAUCGUUCACAGCAAUAUUACGAGUCUGAAUCAUCAACAGACGACAGGUCGUCCUCAACAGAAGAAGAAGAGGAAGAAGACGAGUUCGGUGAAUUUGAUCCAUUUGCAACUGCACCGUCCUUGCAUUCGCCUGACAGUGGACGUUCUGAUCCACGUUACGCAAACGCUCCUCGCAGAAAUCCUAGUCCAUAUUAUUACGGCGAUUUGUUUAAAACUGCACCGCCCCCACCUGCACCUUCAGCCCCAGCAGCAUCCUCGACGUCAUCUUCACGAGGAACACGCUACCGAAAAUCGGCUAGUCUUGACGCCCCACACGUUGCUCAAAGACCAAACCUGCCAAAACGAUUCUCAGUGGCUGAAGAUGGCUUUCGUGAGCUAGAGCGAUCGUCAUCUUCGUCUGGAGAGAGCGCGUGGAUGCCGCCGAGGCGUCGUGGGCGCGACGCGGCCGGCUGCGCGUGCGCCGCGCCCGAAGAUGUAGAUGAGCACCGUCCAUCUCGUAGCGUAUUUUAUGUGCCGGCGCCUUUGCCACGCUGGCCACAAGAAAUGACCACUCGACAGAUAUAUGAGACUGCUUUCGACUGCAAAAUUGCACGUUCUGAUGAUGAUUUGGAUGACUUUGACCGCGUUAGCAAUCAUCCGGCCUUGUUACAAGCCGAAGAGCGUAAAGUUAUAUCAUCAGAGCCAUCAGCUUUUGAAGCUGUUGAGCGGAGUGAACCAGACUAUAAAGGACGGCGCAAGGUGACUAUGAAAACAGAUAGCGUUCGGCGCUCAAAAAUUCCAACUAUACGACAGAAAAGGGAAAAUGAGAAUCAUCGUGACAAGCUCACAUUAAAUUUCAACAGUGGCAGUAGUGGAUCAAGCGGUUCUAAGGGAUUGCACUUAAAUCUGGGACCCAUAGCACCACCUCGAGAUUUAGUUGAUGCGUCUCUUCCACUUGACCGACAAGGGUGGUAUCAUGGAACGUUGUCGCGCGUAGAAGCUGAAAGUUUGCUCAGAGAUGCAGAGGAAGGGGCUUUCUUAGUUCGGAAUAGCGAGUCUGCUAAACAUGAUUACUCGCUCAGUUUGAAGUCUACCCGUGGUUUUAUGCACAUGCGUAUAUGUCGUGGAGGUGAUGGAUAUACUUUGGGAGGGGCCUCAACUGCAUUUCCUACAGUGCCUGCUUUAAUGAGACAUUAUGUUACGGCUCAAAGACUACCGGUCAGGGGAGCGGAACAUAUGGCUCUGUCAACUCCACUACCAGCCGUUAUGCUUUGAGGACAGAAGUAGACUGUGGGCAUCGUCCACUGGAUUUCUUCUGACACGCAAUCAACUUAUUGGCGAUUGCUUGAGUUGCUCGAGUUCAUUCUGCCAAGGCCUGAAGAUUUGAAAGACUUCGGGGUGGAGGAGGAAAAAUCGCCAAUGAUUUUAGUUGCGUCCGCUUUCAGGUUUCAGUUAGCAUCGCAUUCAGACGGGUGUAAAUAUGGAAGCAAGUUUUCUUUUAGAAAUUUUUGAUACAUUAGCAGUUGUAUGUGUAUCUCUGUAUAGUUUUAGCGUCCAGUGAAUAAUACCAAAGAGUUUUAGGAUAUGUUUAGCUUUUUAAGGGGCUUUUGUAUUUUAACCGCUCGGAAUACACUAUUUCUUAUUAUGCUAGUCCAUACACCGCAGCAACCUGUAUUCUUAAAUAAUUAAUUUAUUAGUGAAUGUAAUCAUCUUAUUUAUUUCAUAUUCACAUUAUUAUAGCUAUUAUCAGAACGUAGUUUUGUUAUCGCUUGCUAUUAAUUCAUUACAAUCAUUCUAAGAUGUGUAAACACUCAUUUAUGGGUUUAUUUAUUGACGUAAAUGAUAAGUUCGUAAUGUAACCACAAGCAAUUUUAUGUAUUUUUAUGUGUUUUAUGUACAUAAUUUGGGGCCUAAUUAUAUUACUGGGCUGGAUUUGGCGGGUUCGAUAUUUAAGUAUCAUUCAUGCACAAAAAGUCAGAAUAAUAUCUGAUGUACACUAACUGAAAACAAUAUAGUCCACAUAGUCCGUUCGUUGACUUAAAUAGUAUUAAAGUGGUAGUGAUUCAUCGUUUUCAAGGCGGUCACGAAUACCGUAUCGAUUUUAAGCAAGGUACAAACUGGUACACGCAUUGUGACAGACCUUUAACUAGCUAUUUAUACCGUAAUAGACUAAGGAGUUUUAAUUUUUGCACCGUAGUUAUUAAAUAGUUUUUCAUCCACGUAAUAAAAUAUUGAGCUUAGAUUAAGAGUACAACUUGAAUACUAUGCGAUUCAAUUAAGAAUAGGAACGUCAAUGACCUUCUUGUGUCAAUUUCGUGUCAAAUGUCUUUUGAAAAAUACGAUUUUCCUGGAAAUUUUCUUUUCAUAAUCGGUUUAUUUUAUUUUGCCUGACUUUUACCACUUAUUAUGCUGUGCCUUUUCAUAAAUUUUAAAGACACACAUUUUUGUAAUUUAGA